AUGGGAGUACCAGCAUUUUUCAGAUGGCUAUCUGUCAGAUAUCCAAAGGUAGUUAUGGACGCCUUGACCGAAGAUGAGUUAGAAUACAUGUACUCUGACUUCAAAAAGCAAGGAGGUGAUCCGAAUGAGAUAGACCUACUUGAAGGCGAUCUAGAUGGGGAAAUUUAGAAAAAAAUUAAGGAUAAUAAUCUCGAGCAUGAUAAUCUAUAUCUUGACAUGAAUGGUAUUAUUCAUCCUUGCGCGCAUCCUUAAGACAAGCCCCAGCCAACUUGCGAGAAUGGAGUUGCUCCCAGAGCGAAGAUGAAUCAACAAAGAUCUCGUAGAUUUAGAGGAGCAUUAGAUACCGAAGAAAGAGAAAUAAGAGAAGAGGAAAUCAAGAGCAAAUGGGCUAGGGAGGGCAUUAAAUUUUCAGAGAGAGAACCCGAUAGUGAAAAGUUCGACCAGAAUGUGAUCACUCCUGGAACUGAGUUCAUGUGGAGACUAAGCAAGGCUCUUCAAUACUAUGUACUCGAAAGAAUAUAAACAGACGAUCUCUGGAGAAACAUCAAAGUAGUCUUUUCCGAUGCAAGCAUCCCAGGGGAAGGAGAACAUAAAAUUCUAGAUUUCAUAAGGUCACAGAGACUGGCUCCUGGCUAUGAUCCAAAUACUAGACAUUGCAUCUAUGGAGCAGAUGCAGAUCUAAUUAUGUUGGGAUUGAGUACUCAUGAACCCCACUUUAGUAUCUUAAGAGAGGCUUUCCAAAUGGACUCUGACAAAAAAUGCUCUCACUGUGGACAGCAAGGUCAUCUCAACUCAGAGUGCAAAACAAACCCUGACAAUCAAACUGCCAAAGUUUAACUCUCUAAGACCGUGAAAUUUUAAUUUGUAAAGCUCAACGUAGUAAGAGAAUAUCUCUUCUUAGAAUUUAAGGAUCUCUAACUCCCCUUCACAUUCGAUUUUGAGAGAAUAGUAGAUGAUUUCGUGUUCCUUUGCUUCUUCGUGGGAAAUGACUUCUUGCCUCACUUGCCAAGUUUACACAUCAGAGAGGGAGCUCUAGAUGCCAUUCUGGUGAUUUAUAAAAAUUUAUUGCCGUCAUUAGGAGAUUAUCUGACCAAAAAUGGCGAAAUUGAAUUCUCAAAAGUUGACAUUGUGUUCAAUGAUAUUGCCAAAAUUGAGGAAGAGAGUUUCAGAGUAAAAAAAUAAAAUGAAGAGAGAUAUACUUAGAGACAAGCUCAAAAUGCAGCAAAUGGUUCUAAUGGUAGAGGAGGCCGAGGUGGUUAUUAAUAAAGAGGUGGCUACCAAAACAGAGGUAAUCAAUAGCAAAGACCAAAUAAUCACAUUAAAUUUGAUGAUCCAAAACCAGAUUAAGCUGUUGAAUUAAAACCCUCUUCAGCAGUCAAAGAAGAUGAAGCUAAACCAUAAGCAGUAGCUGAAGAAUAAAAAGAUGAGACUAUCGAGUAAUUUGAGUCAAGAUAGAUCCAGGAAAUUGGGAAACUUUAAUAAUAAUUAAGCGAGGAUGAAUUAAACAAAUUGGCUUCAGAAAAAAUGAAAGAAAUUGUGAAGAAACUACUUAAUGAAAAGUCAAAGAUCAUGGCUGACUCAUAUGUUGAUAGAGUUUAAUUCGGUACAGAAGGUUGGAAACUGAGAUACUAUUAAGAGAAAUUUCACAUUGAUGAGACUGAUUUCUAGGAAUUCACAUAAAAGAUAAAGCAGGCUUACAUUGAAGGACUUUAAUGGGUUUAUUCAUAUUAUUAUAAAGGAUGUAUAAGCUGGUAUUGGUUCUAUCCUUAUCAUUAUGCUCCAUUCGCAAGUGAUCUUGUCAAUUGCGAUAGAGUCGUUAUUAAGUUUGAGAUGGGGGAGCCAGCUAGUCCUUUUGAAUAACUUAUGGCAGUCAUGCCUAAAUAAUCAGCGCAUUGUCUACCUUAAUGCUACAGACAUCUCCUAAGCAGUCCUGACUCUGAAAUCAUUGACUUCUACCCAAUAAAUUUCAAACUUGAUAUCAAUGGAGCUAGGUAUGCAUGGAUGGGAGUCAAUCUUUUGCCAUUUAUUGAUAGACAAAGACUGAUCAGAGCUAUGAGAAAAGCAGAUGGUAGCGGGUAGAAGCUUUUGCCAAUUGAAGCUGAAAGAAACAGAAAAGGACAAGUCAUGCUAUUUUUCCAUAAGGAGGAUAAAUCCGAAAGUGCUUUAUAGCAAACACUAUUGAAGCAUGUAGGUUCUAACUUAGAGCUAUUCUCCUGCUAUGAGAGAAAAGAUUAGAUUGCAGGUACAAUCAGAAUAAUUAAGGUAGCUGCUUAGAUAGGAUAGAAUUUGGCAAAGCCACUUAACAAAUAUGAUGUUCAGGACAUUAAAGACAACCAAGUAUAUCAAAUAGCUUACGAGAGCUCUGAAUAUAAAAUGCAUUUGACAAAGCUAUUAGAGGGAGUUAAGCAUCAAUAGAAAGAAGUCGAAGAUUUUGAGAUUUAUCAUGUAAAUAGGAGAUUUUUCAAUGGAGAAAAUGCAGUGAGGAUGCUUGAAAGAAUACUUGGAAUUGAUGCGAGUGUGUCAGCUAUCUAUAGACCCUAAGGUUAUGUUAACAAUCAUUCAACCUAUGGCUAAGCAAGAGAAGUGAGACCAGGUUAAUCUGUAGAAGAAUAUCAAUAAAAUAUGCUAGGCAAGAGAGGUCAAAGAGAUUAUCAAAAUGAAGAUGGCGGGCACCACUAGAAUAAAAGAUAUGAAUCGAACUAUGGUGGAAAUAAUAAUUAUAACAGCAGUAGUAGAAGCAAUAAUAGUCACUACAGCAAUAGCAACAAUAAUAGUAGUGGUGGAUACCAAGGUAGACAUAAUAGCAACUAUGGCUAUCAAUAGUCAUAGAAUUAUCAGCAUGGAAAUCAGGGAAGUUAUAAUUAAUACAAUCCUUAGCAUCAGUAGUAAACCUACACUCAACAGCCUGAGCAAUAACUAAACAACUACAAUCACAUAAACUAUAACAUUCAUCAUAGAAAUCAAUCAUCAAGUAGAGGCUACGGCAAUGAGUAACUGAGCUCAUAUCAAAGCAACCAGUCACAAUCUUAUAGCCAGUAGUAUUAAGGCCACAGUAGGCAUCAAUAAUAAAGUUCGGGUCAUUACUACUAUAAUAGUAAUGGUGGGCAUUAGAAUGACGGAUAAACUAGCAACUAAUAUUAUAAUUAGUAAUCACAAUAGUAGCAGAAUUAUGCAUCAGACUAAAAUGUUUUAUUAUAACCUUAAGCUUAGCAACAACCAACAUAAUAACCAAAUUAGCUUUUGAAUUUACUUACACAGUUAUAAUAAACUCAGCAGAGAGGUUAAAACAGCAAUAUGAGUUAGUACCAACAGCAGCAGCAAUAAAAUAAUAAUAAUGGAGGUAGAAGCUAAAAUAGAUUUUCUGGAUUUUAGGAUUGA